AUGGCAACGCCGAACCUAAUCGUAGUCCUAGGAGCCACCGGCCAGCAAGGCGGCUCCGUCGUCAACACCUUCCUCGCCCAACCUACUCAUUGGCGAGUCCGAGGCAUUACCCGCAAUAAAACCAGCGCCAAAGCACAAACCCUCGCCUCACGAGGCGUGGAAGUCGUAGAAGCGGACAUGUCGACGCCCUCAACCCUCACUGCAGCCUUCCGUAACGCCCACGCCAUCUUCGCCGUCAGCGACUUCCUCGGCAUCUACUUCGAUCCCAAGAACGCGGACCGCCCGAAACCAGGUCAGGCUCUCAAUGCAUGGGUUGCCGAAGAGGAGGCAAGGCAGCUCAGGAAUGUCAUUGAUGCGGCGGCGGAGGUGGAGGGUCUGGAGAGGUUUGUGUUCUCGAGUCUUUCGAAUGCGAGCAAGUGGUCCAAGGGGAAGUAUACACAUAUCUACCACUUCGACAGCAAGGCUUCUGCGGAGGAGUAUGGAAGGAGGGAACACCCAAGCCUUUGGGCGAAGACGAGCGUCUUCCAAGGGGGGAUUUUUUUGAAUUUCUUUACUAGUCCGGCGGGGAGGCCACAGAAGUCCCCCAACGGAACCCUAACCUUCACAAUCCCCUGGCCUCCCACCCUCCAACUCCCCUGGCUCGUGCCCAGCGAAGACACCGGGCCCCUCGUGCACGCCCUAAUUCAGUCCUCACCCGAACAAAGCCUCCUCGGUUACAGGGAAUGGGCCUCCACGCACGAGAUCGCCGCAAAACUAUCCACCCUCUUCAACGUCCCGACCAAAGUCGUCAAAGCAGACCCUGAGGCGUUCUGGGCAGAAAUUCUUUCGCCGGGGUUGGUCCAAGAGUUUACGGAGUUCUUUGAGUAUUGGGAGGAGUUUGUGUUUGAGGCUCAGGAGUCGCCUAGGAUUGUGAGGCCGGAUGAUCUGGAGAUCAAGGCUCAACUUCCAGGCAUUGAGGGGUGGAUUAAGAAGCAGAGCUGGGGAUUUGACUGA